GUCGUUUGCGGUAACCACAGAGCCAGUACAUACACAAGCCGUCAUGUCUCUGGUAGUACAGGCGUUCGAAGCAAGUAAGAUUGUCCCAGAUGUCAUACCUACGGCUCCUCAAGCUAGCAUUGACCUAAGGUAUCCUAGUGGCGUGGUGGCUUCUCAAGGAAACGAAUUAACUCCCACACAAGUGAAGGAUCAGCCCACUGUGUCGUACAAAGCGGACCCCGACGCAUACUACACACUCGUAUUCACAGAUCCAGAUAAUUACGACGGGCCGGAAUCGGUAUACCGUGAGUGGCACCACUGGUUGGUGGGAAACAUUCCUGGCAAUAAAGUAUCUGAGGGCGAAAUUCUAUCAGGUUACAUAGGCUCUGGACCGCCAGAGGGCACUGGCAUACACAGAUAUGUCUAUAUCUUAUAUAAACAACCCAGCAUAAUCAAGUUUGAUGAGACUAGACUGACCAACAAAUUUCAUAAAAUAGCUAUUAUUAGCUUAGGGGCGGUUGGUGGUGGAUUUGCCUAUUAUCAAUUAAACAGUAGCAAAGAGAAAAAGUUUGGUGUACAAAACUCGUGGACGACAAAUUAUACCCCUAGUGUAAAAUGGGACAACAAUUGGGAUCACCGUGAACCUGAAUGUAUAGUGAAGCCAUCAAAAUCAGCUAAUCCCGAAGAUGAUAAUAAAUAUAAUGAGAAAUUGGAAAACGCUAAGGGCAAAGCUGUCCGACAUCUGUUUUUGAUCAGACAUGGCCAGUACAAUGUUGAUGGAACUACAGACAAAGAGAGAACAUUGACUGAGUUGGGCAGACAACAGGCCGAUUUGACAGGUCAACGACUAGCGUGCCUUGACAUCAAAUGGGACUUGGUUGUUAGGUCCACAAUGACACGUGCCCAAGAGACUGCCAAAAUAAUUGAAAAGCAUUUAGAUAAAAAUGUAGAAGUGAAAGACUGUCAAAUGAUAGAAGAAGGAGCACCGAUUCCCCCAGAACCGCCCACUGGACACUGGAGACCCGAACCAAGAUUCUUCCAGGACGGCGCGCGGAUAGAGGCGGCAUUCCGCCGCUACUUCCACAGAGCACCCCCGGAACAGACGAAGGACAGUUACACAUUACUCGUUUGCCACGCCAACGUGAUCCGGUUCUUUGUUUGCAAAGCCCUGCAAUUCCCACCUGAAGGCUGGCUCCGGAUAUCCCUGAACCAUGGCUCCAUCACCUGGAUAUCUAUACUACCUAACGGCAAAGUUGUACUUCGGGGUCUUGGCGAGACUGGACAUAUGCAGCCCAAAUAUAUCAGCAGCCGGUAAACAGGUGUCAAUUUAG